AAUGGAAAAUAAGAUUGCUACUAUACAAAAGGAGUUAUUAUCUAACGUUUACCGUGACAUAUUGGAUUUUAUUGGUAAAUCUGGAGCUGAAAAAUUCAAUGAUAUAGAAGUGCCAACAAUAGGAUUCGUUAUGGGAACUAAUACAAGUGAACAUGAAUCGAUUAUACUCAACCUAAAAAAGGAGAUUCUAAAGUCAAAUACUACUUCAUUUGUAGCAGCAAUAUCUAGAAACAUAUCAAAUACGGGACAAUUUUAUAAGGAUCUGCUGGAGUGCUUAACUGAAGAAGACGAUACGAUAGUUGAAAACUCAGACGAUGAGAAUACGGAAACUAAUAAAUCCUUUAUGAAGUUAUCUGCAUCAAGAGCUACUUUUGGUAGUCUUGUGAAGUGGUAUGAAGAAACUGAGAGCAAAUCGCCUGUUAUUGUUGUUGUACCCGAUAUGCACAAUUUUCCAUCGACUAUUCUAGAAGACUUUGUUACACUCAGCAGCGCAUAUUCUCAUCAAAUCCCCGUUGUUUUAAUCUUGGGAUUGUCAACAGCAAUUACCACAAUUCAUAAAUCCCUCUCUCAAUCCGUAACUUCUUUAAUGAGCAUAGAAACGUAUUACGCACCAACACCUUGUGAUCAUUUAUUGGAAAUUAUAAAAAGAGUUAUACUUAAUCCGGAUUUCCCAAUAAAGCUGCCCUAUAAAACAUUCCGGUUAAUGAUGGAUGACUUCUUAUCUCAUAAUUUCUCGGUUAAAAACUUCGAGUUGAUGUUAAAGUUUGUUGUACUUCAACAUUAUUUUUGUAAUGAAUUAAGUACAUACUGUCAAUCUUUGGAUCGAGUCAAAAGUAAGAUAAAAAGCGCUAAAAAAUCUGAUCUUCAAAUUCUUAUUAAAGUAAAAUCAUUUCAAAGUUACUUGAACAACUUAGUAGCUGAUGAGAGGGAAUCAAUAUUGAAAGAUACCAUAAAACUUAAAGAUCUAAUAUCUGCACUUAUGGAAGAAUUUUACGUUUACCAAGUUAACUUUGAAAUAGGUUUAAAGUGCCUUAAUGCAUUUUUUAGUAGAAUACCCCAAUGUUCUUUGGGAAGAAACUUGAGAGAUAUUUACGUUAACUGCUUAAAGACAAACAUCACGCAAAAGGAGGAGUUCGAAGAUAGUUUAAAAGUGCAAUUAUCGAUUAUUCUCAGUGAAUGCAUAUCAAUACUUGAAGGAUCAAAUUUAACUGAUGCUUUAGAAACACUUGACAAUUUCUUAUCGAAAGUGAACAAUAGUGAGGAAACUGCAGAAGAAACAGACAAACAGGAACAAGAUGAAAAUGAUAAUGAGCUUAUUCUCCCAGAAAAAACUAGCUUAAGCGCACUGAAACAGACUCUGAAGAAAAUGAAUGAGAAAAAACAGAACAAGAAAAUGACUCUUUUCGAACGCCUUAAGCGUGAUUGUAUUAAUUUCCUCAACGAGUUCUUCAGUGAAACUCUUAAACCACCAAGGAAAAUUGUUUUCUUUGAAGUAUUUUACCCAAGUAACACUAUUGAAGGAAGAUUUUAUGAAAAUGUUACAAGAGACCCAUUCUCAACACCGAAAAAGCAUUGA